AACUUUUAUUCAUGUUAAUUCUUUAUCCAUAUUAUAUGAAGCUGGCUUUACUCCGCCUUUAUAAGACUGAUAGUUCGGAUAUAUUUUGACUGUCACAAAGUUGUUUAGAGUAAUUUUAUGUAUUAGUACGCACGUGAGUUUAUAAAUAUCGAUAUCAUUCUAAGUUAAACUGUCGCACUGAUAUUUGUGUAAUAACAACAAAUUCUGCCGCUGAUCAUUCGUUUUCACAAUAUUCCGUGAUGUUUUAACAAAACCAUGCUCUUUAAUCCCAUAUUGAGUCCAGCUGUGUUUCAGAAGGAUGCCAUCCGCGAAAGGCAUUCGUCUUCGCAACGUUUCUGUUUGUACUAGGGUGACCAGAUAACCCAUGUCAUCCCGGACACUUUGAGCUACUUCGGGUUCUACAAACUACCUUAAAACCGACGGGCUCCUGCAUUCGGCUAAAUCGUUCAGUUCUUCUUGCGCUUUGACUGGUUUGUUUCCUUGAUUGAAAGACUCUUCCAGCUGUUUCACAUUAACAUUAGUGACACAUGCAUGAUUGGUCAGUCUCCUAUAAUCAGCACGUAACAAGAACUCGGUGCUUAAGUGAAAUCCGGGUCAUUUUCAUUGAAAUGGAGCUUUAGACGAGCGAGUCAGCGGUGUGCGUCUCACUCCCAGACGGGGCCAAGGACAUGGAUGAGCAAACAGAGGUUGUUAAGCGGCUGCGGGAGUCGUUCCGCUCGGGGGUCUCCCUGCCGGAGCAUUUCCGAAGAAGCCAGCUGGAGGGGAUGGUGGCGCUGCUCAGGGAGAACGAGCAGCGGAUUUUGGACGCGAUGCACCAGGACCUGGCCAAGCCCAAGUUUGAGGUGGUUCUCUCGGAGAUUGACAUCGUGAUGAAUGAGCUGCGCUUCGCCAUCAGCAACCUCAAGAGCUGGAUGAUGCCGGAGUACGUGGUGAAAAACCUGGCGACAAAGAUGGAUGACUGCUUUGUUCGUAGGGAGCCACUUGGCGUCGUGUUGAUAAUUGGAGCAUGGAAUUACCCCCUUCAGCUUAUUUUAUUGCCCCUAGUUGGCGCAAUAUCUGCAGGUAACUGUGCUGUUGUAAAACCCUCUGAGGUCAGCCCAGCGACGGAGAAGCUUCUCACUGAGCUGAUUCCCAAGUACCUGUCCCCGGCCUGCUACGCAGUACUGUGUGGCGGAGUCGAAGAGACAAAGAAAUUACUGGAGAUAAAGUUUGAUCACAUUUUCUUCACAGGUUCCCAGUCGGUGGCCCGCAAGAUCCUCCAGGCCGCAGCGGUGCACCUGACCCCCGUCACCCUAGAGCUGGGGGGGAAGUGUCCUUGCUUAAUUUACGGAGAUCUGGAUGUCCAGGCGGCGGCCAGGAGACUGGCCUGGGCCAAGUUCUUUAACAUGGGCCAGACCUGCGUGGCUCCGGACUACGUGCUGUGUAGCCAGCAGAUGCGGGAAGCCCUCGUGCCAGCCCUCCGGAAGGCGCUGGAAACCUUCUACGGCUCCUGCCCACAGAAGAGCCCAGACAUGGCCCACCUGAUUUCUCAGAGGCACUGGGCGCGGCUCUGCGACAUGCUGCAGAGAUCUAAGGGGACGGUCGUGAUCGGAGGGGAGACGGCGGAGGAUGAGAAGUACAUCGCCCCUACGGUGGUGGUGGAUGUCAAGGAGACGGACUCGCUCAUGGUGGACGAGAUCUUCGGCCCGAUUCUACCAAUCGUCACCGCCGAGACCCUGGGGGAGGCGAUUGACUUCGUCAAUGCGAGGGAGAAGCCGCUCGCCCUGUAUGUUUUCUCGGAUAACUCAGAGGUGGUUACUGCGGCUUUGGAGCGAACCAGCAGUGGCGGAUUCUGCUCCAACGACGGCAUGGUCCACAUGUGCCUCCCAGGACUGCCGUUCGGAGGCAUCGGUGCCAGUGGGAUGGGCAACUAUCACGGGCGUUGGGGGUUUGAGACGUUCAGCCACCGGCGUGGGUGCAUGCUCCGCGGCUGGGCUUUGGAACGGAUCAACAUGCUGCGCUACCCACCAUACACCGAGAGCAACCUGGACUGGCUGCGUUGGGCCACCGGUACCAAAAAGAGCUGGAACAGUUGCUCGGUCCUCUAAGCCAUCUGCAGAAGACACUUAACAGAAGCUGAACGUCUAGCUGGUGACCUGGACUGGUCACACCACUGAACUCCUUAGAACGUCAACUUUCUAAAAUUCAUUAACACAUAACAGACUUAAUGAAGUUUUCAAUUUGUGUUAUUGAAGGGGUCAUUACAAUAUGGUGUUUGUCCCUCUGUGAGCAAACUCCUCAUACUUCUGUGCCAUAUUUGGUGGGGGUCUGCAGGUGGUAAUUUCUUCCGUUGCGCUUUACUGAUGUUAGAUGCGAGACUCUCUUGUUGCUAAGCUCACCCUUAAAUCACUUGAAUGGCUGAGCAUGUUCAUGGUGUGGAAAUGGAGCUUUAGAUAUGUUUAACGUUGCUUCAACUGUGCCAGGACCUGUGACUGCUUACGAUGCUGUCGAUGUCAUAAACCUUGCAUGUUGGUGUGUGUAGUGUCUCCAGUGGGAGCCUCCUUUGCUGCUUAAACAAAUUCCAUUUGUUUAAUAAAUGACUUGCAUGAAA